AUGCAGGAGUUCAUCUGGGGAAACUACAGCUGUGUGUCCGAAUUCAUCCUUUUGGGCUUCUCUAAUGAUCCUCAGAACAGGUUGAUUCUCUUCACCUUCUUCCUCCUUCUCUAUCUCAGCAUCCUAUUGGGCAACGGGCUCAUCAUCACCCUGAUCUACCAGGACCCUCGUCUUCACACACCCAUGUACUUCUUCCUCAGUGUCCUCUCCGUGCUGGACAUGAGCUAUGUCACCACCACUGUUCCCCAGAUGCUAGCACAUCUGAUCCGCUCGAAGAAGACUAUCUCCUACAUUGGGUGUGUGGCUCAGAUGUAUAUCUUCCUAGCAUUUGGUAUUACUGAAGGUGUCCUCUGCGCCAUCAUGGCUUAUGACCGCUAUGUCGCCAUCUGCCAUCCCCUCCAUUACACUCUCAUCAUGAGCCGUCUCACCUGUGUCGUUAUGGCUUCCACAUGUUGGUCUAUUGGUCUUCUUGGGGCUCUGAUCUACACUGUCUUCGCCAUGCACCUGCCUUACUGUGGUCCCAAUGAAAUCAAUCAUUUCUUCUGUGAGGUCCCUGCAGUUCUAAAGCUAGCCUGUGCAGACACAUCUCUCAAUGACCAGGUAAAUUUUAUCCUGGGUUUCAUCUUGCUGCUGGUCCCAUUGUUUUUGAUCCUCGCCUCAUACACCCGCAUCUUUGCUGCCAUUCUGAGGAUGCGUUCUACUCAGGGAAGGCUUAAGUCCUUCUCUACCUGUGCCUCCCACCUCACUGUUGUCACAAUAUUCUAUGGGCCAGCAAUGGUCAUGUACAUGAGGUUUGGGUCCAAGUCUUCUCCUGAGCAUGACAAAAAGCUAGCCCUAUUCUAUAAUGUGGUCUCCGCCUUUCUCAACCCUAUCAUCUACAGCUUAAGAAACAAGGAUGUGAAAGGAGCCUUUCUGAAAGUUAUAAUUAAGAAGGAAUCCCUCUAA